ACAUUUUUUUUUUGUCCAAGGCUUUACAAAUUUUGUGGACAUGGUGAUCCCUUCAACACAUGUUGGACCUCCCAAGCUAAUCGAUUUUAGCUGUCGCAUUCGUGAACCAGACAGUGGAAGUGCAGCAUGUCUUCUCACUUUUGAGCUCGAAGACAAAGAAGGCGUCUCAACAAAUCAGGAAGGAAAUACUUCCAUUGUAAAUAUGGAAAUGCAACCAUCAACCUUGACUACUUUGCUUGAAGGAUUGACACGUAUCCGUGAUCAGCUGUCAUCAGUAGCAAAUAAGAAGCAAUGACCUUCGUCCCCUCACUCAAACUUCCUCUCCAUUCCCCUCUCUUUUAAUGUAUUCUAUGCAUUUCCAAAUUUGCCUUUCAUUGGUGUCAAUAUCUAUGUAUUUCCAACUUAAACCUUUGUUUUUGUAAAUU